CCUCAAAUGACGUCGUAAUUGUGCGACUGUUUAUAUGCGACACACCAUCAUGGCUCUGUUUCCAGCUUUUGCAGAAGUGGACAGUAACCAAGCUGAAGAUUCGUGUAAAGAAUUAGACUGGCUGAAAAAUAAGAGUUUUCAGACUGAAGAUGCCCUCUCUCUUCACAGCCGGUACUUUGAGAAGACCGGUGAAAGGCUAAACAAGAAGGAAUCAAGUGUUGGCAGAGAGGUGAGCUCUGAGGAGGAGAAGGAAGAGGGAGAAGAGGGUAAUGUGCCACCAAAAAAGAAGAAAAAGAAGAGUGAAAAAAAGAGGAAAAAGAAGAAAAAACACAAAAAGAAGAGUGGGAGGUACUCGGACAGCAGUGGGUCUGACUCUGAAACUAUUUACCCCAGUGACCUCAAAAGGGAAGAAGAGGCAGACGGGCCACGUGCUGCUCCGUUAUCAAGUCGUUUCUCCUGGUUGGAUGACCUCCAGACACCCACAGAGCAGCCGUUCUGUGUGGACCGCAAAGCAGACUCAGCCAACUGGACAUACAAGUCCCUGUACAGAGGAGAUGUAGCCAGGUAUAAGAGGAAAGGCAUCUCGUCCUUGGGUCUGGACCCUCGCAGACAAGGAGUCAGCUGGGAGGAAGCAGAGUCAAACAAGAAACAGAAAGGCGGGGACAAGAAGAAAGCAGCAGACAGAUACUUCUCUACAGCCAGUCGCCAGCUGCUGAGGUCCGAGCCACCUGUUCCUACAUUACCAACGAUUCCUGAGUGUGAUAAUGCCAUUAGCUCCACCUCCUUCCUCCCACUGGGUGACGAUGAGGAGAACAAAGGAGGUGACAGAGUGCAGACAUCAUCAGUAAAUCCCCUCGGUGUGUAUGACUCCUCAACGGCCCUCUGGCUGCAGGGGAAGGGACAGCCGGAGCAGGCAGAGCAGCAGAAGCAGGACUUGCGGACAGGGCAGGGUGCUGCGCUUUUGGCCGGAAGGACUGAAGAGUUUAACAGGCGGCUCAGAGAGCAGCCAUCAGACACACAGCUAUGGAUAAAAUUCAUAAGAUACCAGGAUGAGCUGAGUGCAACAGUGUUUGGAGGCGAGGAGGAGCAACAAGGCAGCGAUUCGGCUGAGCGUCGUAAAUCCUCCCACCGAGCAGUCCUGGAGAAAAAGCUGAGCAUUACAGAGCGUGCAGUGGCCACCAACCCCAGCUGCAUAGCUCUGCAGCGGGAGAGGCUCAGGAUCUGCCAAGAGCUCUGGGAGCCCUCACUUCUGGCUAAAGAAUGGAAGAAACUGGUGUUCCUCCACCCAAACAGUGCCCCCUUGUGGAGAGAGUAUCUGCUGUUCACCCAGAGCUACUUCAGCAACUUCACUGUGUCCAAGGUCAACUCUGCGUACGGGAAGUGUCUAAGCACCCUCAGUGCUGUGCGUGAUGGCAGCAUGGUCUCUCACCCGGCCCUACCAGGGAUAGAGGAGGAUAUGUUGGAUAUCUUCACCCAGCAGUGUCAUUUCCUGCGUCAGUCUGGUCACUCAGAGAAGGCGAUUUCUCUGUUUCAGGCCAUGAUUGACUUUACUUUCUACAAACCUGACAGCGUACGACAACUGUCCACCAAGCAGCAGGUAAACUCAUACACUGAAGAACUUCAAGUACACCGGCAACCAGAGGAAGAGGAGGAGGAAGAGGACGAGGAGGAGGUGAAGGAUCGGAGCCAGCCCAGAUGGACAGUCUGGUUGAAUGUGGAGCCAUCUCGUGAAGCAACUCACUGGCUGCCCUGGAGGCCUGACAAAACCAAGGGCCAAUCAGAAGAGGACUGUGAGGACCCGGACAGACAGGUGUUAUUUGAUGACAUCGGCCCUUCCCUAAUUUGUCUGUCUUCACCAGAGCUCCAGCUCCGUCUUCUUCUCCGUUUCUUGUCAUUCCUGGGUUUGCCCGUAGACCCUGUGCUCUCUGCUACCCCCUGUCAGCCUAGCCUGCUGCUGGAGAACCUUUCUCUGCUCACUCAGGGAAAUGAGCCCCAGCGUCCUCUGACCUCGCACGACCUACCUGACCCCGGGGUUAACUCGGUAGGUCACAUGACCACUCUCCAGGGAACAAGGAAGUGGGUGGGGCUUGGGAAGCAGGGCGCGAUGUUUGUCACCAACGUGUUCAAUAUGGUCCGACCUGUCCUUCCUGCCCACCAUCGAGCCGCCCUGUCUCUCAGCUGGAUGCAGUACGAGAAACUCAAGGUCUUGCGCUGCUUGCGUGGCAGCAACAAAAAGCGUCUUCGCUCUCAAGGCAAGAGCAGCAAGCGGGUUGCCAAGCAACUGCUCAAAGAACCCGACAACCGCUCGUCGUUGGUGCUGUGGCGGGAGUACGCCCACCUGGAGUGGAUGCUAGGCAACCUUGACGAGGCUCGCAAAGUCUUCUCCACAGCCACGGCAAUGGGGGGAACCAAAGGGCCGAGGAGUCCCCACCUCUGUGAGCUGUGUCUGCUGUGGGCCCAGCUGGAGGUGGAGGGCGGGGCAACUGUGCGAGGAGGAGGACUAACUGAUGUCACCGUGUCCCCAGCUGUGUGCGUACUAACCCGGCUAGCAGAGGAAACCUCCUCAUCCUCCUCUUCAUCCUCCCAGCCCCUCUCUCCGGUUUCCAUCCUGAAAGCCAGGAGGUUGUACGAACAGGCUCUGAUGGCCAGCUUGUCAGCCCUGGACCAGAACCCCCACAACCCUCAGGCCAACAGAAAAGGUCAAGAGGACUUGUUAGGAGAAAAGCCGAAGCUGAGAGGCCUGGUAGGCUGCUACGCUCUGUUCCAGUACCUCACAAUGGGCAUCGAAGCAGCCAACGCUGUCUACAGCCAGGCUAGAGAACGGAUAGAGGAGCUGCACCGCACGCUAAUACUUGACAAGCAGCUUAACAGUAAUGAGCAAAGUACUGACGCUAGCCACUCUGCAGCGGAUUCCAGCCAUACGUAUUAUGUUAACAGACUAGCCUCUGAGUGCGAGGCAUUAGCACUGCAGCAGGUAGUGUUGCUGAGGUACCACAACAGUAUCAGUGUGUUUCCACUGGCAACACUGAGACAAACACUGACCUCUGCCCUCUCCACCUGGCCCAGCAGUGCCCCACUCUGGAGCAUAUAUGUACAGGUGGAGAACCGUUACCAUAGUGCUGGCCGAGCGCGUCGCUUUUUUCACUCUGUAACCAGGGACAGCAGCAGUGUUGUGCCACGCCUCUUUGCCAUUGUUGCUGAACAACAAAGGAAGCAGCUGGUAGAUGCUGCUCAGAGGUCUUGUUGCCAUGACGCUGCCUUGCCUAUCCUGCCAGAGAAUGGCCUCAGCAACCGUAUUCGGAGACUGUUUGAAAGCACCAUAGCAACAGAGAUGGGCUCUCACUGUCCUUUACUUUGGAGGAUGUACAUGCACUUCCUGGUGUCAGAAGGGAAGGUGGAUAAAGCCACAGGGAUCUUCUACAAGGCCUUACAGAAUAUCCCCUGGGCUAAGGGUUUGUACAUGGACGGAGUGCAGCUGUUCCCUGAGCAUCUGCAGGAGUUUGUAGAUCUGAUGACAGAGAAAGAACUCCGAGUCAGGCUGCCUUUAGAAGAACUGGAUAUACUACUGGAGGACUAAACGCACACACACUCAUCUCAUUCAAGAACUUGAGUUUGCUUCAAUGGCAACAUGCCAACCCACAUAUUAGCACACUUAAUGGAAGAAGAGGAGACACGUGCAAACUCAGAUGCUUACACACACAGCUGCAGUUUAAACAGUAAAGUUGCAGUGAUCAUAUCUAAUGAUGUGCAAGGAACCACUCUUACAUUCUGUACAUUAUAUCAGAUGUUUUAUUUUCACAGCAGAUAACUAGGACUGUGUUUUAGUACCGGACAUUGUCAAUAAAUAUGAUUCUCAAUAA